AGUAACAGAUCGGGAAUGCUGUGCAAAGUGAUAGUUUGGUUUUUUUUAAAGCGGUCUAUAUGUGUGUGUGUGGGUUGAGCUAGUAGAGUAAUAGAAAUUCAUGAAAACGCUCACGACUUGGGAACACCCAGAGAGGGUUGAAUUCUGCAUCGAACCCAGCAAUCCCGUUACCCCUUGAAUUGUACCCUGAACCCAAUACAGUUGAAUUCAUAAUUUGUACUCAAAUUUUGGAUUCAGAUUCCAGCCUGCGUGACCGUGCAGUUAAAGAGCUUUGAUAGGCGCUCGCACCCACGCCUAUCUAAAUGACGGAUUUCAGAAGAGUCCUGUUAAUCGGUUUGUGGCUGAGCGGCUUUCAAUUUGAUACACACACUUACUCAUAAAUAAUCCUUCGAACGCUGUGAAUUCGAUUCGUGCAUGCUAGUUGCCUUGUUCGAAACAUGUUAUUCUGGCAUCUGCGUCAUCAGAGAUGACCAAUACCAACACGUCCCUGUGGAGCUAUGUCUCCACCAUGUCUCUGGAGCGGUUCAACGGCUUAUAUGAAGAAUUUCCUCAUACUCUACGUUGUCUCCUAGGGGAGUGGCUGGAAACUGAACCAUGGGAAUUCAUCAACAGAUCAGACUCUUUCUGUACUCUUCUGGCUGGAAGGCUGCUGUCUGCCAUGGUGGAGAAGAUACGAGAUCUUGCCAACAAAAACUGCAAUUCUGCUGCUCAGAUUCUUCAGUUUGUUGCUAACAUUGAGAGCAGAUAUCGGAAAGAUCCACUGCAACUGGCAAAUGUUAUAAAAAGGAUCUUGGAAGCAGAGCAAAGAGCAGUUCAGCAGCAGCAUCAACACGUUCCCCUUGUAAUCGAACGUCAGCGAGAAGAACUGAUGUUUCGAUUCAGCCUGGAGAAGCUGCACUACAGACUUCAGGAGAUUCAAACUCUCCGGGAAAGCUUCCAGCAGAUGAAGGGCAAUGCCAGAGCUCCACUGUCACAAAACUCACUGGACUGUCAAUUUCCAAUACAAGACAACCUGCCAGCAAGUUCUUUUCAGAGCCUUCAAGGACUGUUCAUGAAGAUGGACAGUGAGCUAGAAGAGGCCAAGAAGAAGGUUCUGGUGAGGCUUCUGAUUUGGAAGAGACAGCAGCAACUGGCUGGGAAUGGAAGUCCAUUUGAUGAGGACUUGUCCCCACUGCAAAAGAGGUUGGAAUGUCUAGUAGAUAUUUGGUUCCAGUUUCGCCAGCAGUUGAUCACAUCUGGAAUUGAGCUUCAAUCUCGUGUUCGAGAACAUCUUGAUGAGACAUUCAAAUCUCUUGUACAAAAUUCCUUCUUGGUGGAAAAACAGCCUCCACAAGUUUUAAAGACACAGACCAAAUUUCAAGCCAGCGUCCGCUUCUUGCUGGGACCUCAUUUACUCAAGCAUCCGCCAACAUCAUUUCUGGUCACGGCUGACAUUGUGACGGAAAAACAGGCCCGAGAACUGACUGCCAAUCAUUCUCCCUCUGUCUUUAGUGAAAGCACUGGAGAGAUUGUAAACAACACAGCAUCGCUGGAUAUAAAUGCCUCCAGCAAUUCUUGUACCUCUCAGUUCAAGAAUUUGCUUCUCAAAAAGAUCAAGCGUUGUGACCGCAAGAGCACAGAAUCUGUAACAGAAGAGAAGUGUGCCGUCCUCUUCAGUGCCAAUGUUUGCCUUGGGCCCAACCAAACCAACUUCCACCUACAGGCUCUGUCGCUGCCCGUUGUGGUGAUUGUCCAUGGAAAUCAGGACAACAAUGCCAAAGCCACCAUCUUAUGGGACAAUGCUUUUGCUGCUCCUGAUCGCGUUCCCUUUGUGGUGGCUGAGCGUGUUAGCUGGAAGGCAAUGUGUGACACUCUCAACCAGAAGUUCCUUGCUGAGGUGCAAACUACAAAAGGUCUACUCAAGGAUCAUUAUUUCUUCUUGGCCCAGAAGAUCUUUGGUGACAACAUCACCAGUCUAGAGGAACUACAGAGAUGCCAUGUGUCCUGGUCCCAAUUCAAUAAGGAGAUGCUUCCUGGUAGAGGAUUCACAUUUUGGCAAUGGUUUGAAGGCAUUCUUGACCUCACCAAGAAAUACCUGAAGAACUAUUGGUCUGACAGACUGAUUAUGGGCUUUGUCAGCAAGCAAUAUGUCUUCAAUUACCUGAGCAAUGCACCAGCUGGGACUUUCCUCUUACGUUUCAGUGACUCUGAGAUCGGGGGCAUCAGCAUCGCCUAUGUUAACUACUUCCCAGAUGGUUCCACUCAGGUGGAGAACAUCCAGCCAUUCACAGCAAAGCAACUGUCCAUUCGUUCACUGGCUGACUGUGUUCUGGAUCUCCCACAGCUCCAUGUGCUUUAUCCUAACAGGCCCAAACACGAGGCUUUCAGGAGGGACUACAACACAGAGACACGAAAAAACACCAGCAGUUAUGUCCCAGCCAGGUUAACGAUAACCGUGGACACACCCUGCUCAUUCCCUACAUCAAUUCAGAAACCACUUGACACUCUGGGCGGUUCUAAUGUGAAUCUUGCAGUCCAUUCUGAUUCAACCUAUCAUGACCCGCCAGUCAUCGUUCCAUCACCCAUUGGGACAUCUGUAGCCAGCAACACAACAUACGGAAGCUCACAGUUGCCAUUUGAAUUAAUGACUUGCUCAUACCCUUUGGGCAAUGCUUCCCCUCUUGGUUCAGUGGAUUCAUACACCAUGUGCCAGGAUGUAGAGAUGCCAGACCUCUCUAUACCCACUGAGAACACCGUAACAUAUCCAGGGAAUCUUCCGCUCCAUUUGAUGGCAGAUUCAUUAAGUGUGCCUGAGACCAUCUCCCCACCUUCCAGUGAAGAGUUUGAAAAGCUUCUGCAUCCAGACCAAGACCUGCAUCCAGAUCUUCACUUUUGCCAUAAUCCAGUGUGACCCAUUUUUAUGUGCUUGUCAUCUUUCGAAUACCUUGGAGAUACUUUAAUGGACCUUUUAUGUACUUCUUCCUAUCAAGCCUGGACAUAAACAGUGAUGGCUAGUAACCCAGAAGAUUUACUGUGUACAGAAAACCACUCCUGGGCCCAUCUGCAUUAUCGACUUCAUCCUGUUAGAUCUUUGCAAGCUCUUUUGAACCAAGACCAGCUUCGGUUGUGUGCUAAGUAAGGGACAUGCCAUGAUAUAGCUCUGCCUACAAUUGUGAGCGAAGCCAAUGGAGCCAGAGAGGGUCUGCCACUCACUCACAUCUUCUUUGCUGUGAGCAAUUUUCUGGGGGAAGGGGACAGGCACGAUGCACUAGCACCUCUGUGUGUUUUACUACUUACCUGUGUUGCCUCUGGAUUGCAAGGAAGAGUUGGUUUUCCAAUUAUAGUACAUUUGAUUGACUUUUAUCAAUACCAGCAGCCAAGACAGAAAAUAUUUCAUCAGGAACUUUAGAAGAAAAAUUCUUUGUUCAAUUAAUGUAGGUAAAGUCUUGGUUGGGCUGCUGAUUCUUUCAUGAAUUUGGAGGGGACAGUUGAGCAUAGGAAAAGAUUCCAAUGGAGUCUUAUUUUUCAUUUCUCCAUUGGAAGAGGAGACAUUGUAUUUCCUCCCAGAAUUUAACAUUCCACAGAGCACCCCUCCAUACCAUACAGAAUUAUUAGGCAGGGUGAGGUGACUAUCUCAGGCCAAAACAACAGCAAUGGUGGGGAGGUGUUGAAUGUCACAUGGUCUGUCUUGCUAAUUUCCAAACUAACCUGCCUUAUAGUGGUGAAUGCGAUCUCACCAAGUUUUUGUCCAUAAUUGUUGGGGAGGUGGGAUUCAAUUUUCACACAAACAGCUGCAAAAUAUUUUGGACUAGCUUCACCAGCUGGCAGUUCCUCUAGAAUAGGUGGAGCUUAGAUUUUCCUGUUCCAGAGUGAAUUUUGGGCUAUUGAGAUACGGACUGCAACACUUGUGCCAUUUUUCCUGGGUGGGAUAUUGUAAAAUAAAAAAGCCCAUCCUUUGAUACUAGAUUUCCUGUUGUACAGACUCUAUUCUCAUUUGCCAAAAUCCUGCUAAAAGGUGCAAUUUAAAAUAACCCAUAAAAUAAAGACUUUAUUCCAAAGUAACAAAAUAAAUAAUCUACUGUACACGUUACAAAGGAAAGGGUGCUAGUUUUCCUAUAAAGACAGAAAGGCUGUAGGGUAGGAAAUGGGGACUUGAUUUAGUAGCAGUUGAGUAUUAUUUUUAACUCAGUAGGAGUUCAAAGUGUGUUUUGCGAGUCAGUUUGUUCCAGCAAAUGUUGCUUUCAGACUGCUUUGAAGAUUAAUAUUGUUCCGUCUUUGUCUCAUACUGUGGUUAUGCUGUAAUUAUGAGUAAAGUAGAAUGGAGGGAUGAUAUUUUCCUCAGGGAAGGUACAAUGCUUGGAGGGGAAGCUGAUCCUUUCCUGCCCCAGAGACAAAGGUGCAAUCCCUUCCUUCCUUCCGGUUUUCUCAAUUUCAACAAGACCCUUAUUCCUCAUUCACCUCUUUUGGCAGAAAGCGGACUGUACCGUUGAGAAAGCCUCGUUAGGAAAUGCUCUCCUAUUCCCUAAAAUAACAGAAGAGUUGUAAAAUUAAUGUCCCCUCAGAGCAGCAAAUUGAAUUCCAACUUGACCCUGUUGCAUGUGUGUUUAUUAAGGGCAUCAUAUGCAACUUGUUCCGCUCAACAGGUGGUAAACUCCAGCAAUCUUCUGAUGCCCAUUCAAAAAUCUCACCGUUGGGAUCAACCAUGAACCUGAAACUAGCAAUUCAACCAGCAGAAUUACAAAUUUACAUUCCUGAAAUAAUGUAAAUGUCCGGGGUUCUCAGCCUGUAUAGCUUUUCAUUGGCCGAUUUUACUUUCUAGGCCAGACAUGUCAAACACAAGGCCCGGGGGCCGGAUGCAGCCCACAAAGUGGUUUCAUGUGGCCCGUGAAGCCAUCCUGGAAAUAAUGAGGGAACGGCCCCCGCUGCCUUGGCCCUGGCCUA